CUCUAUGUUCAAUUCAUACUUUUAUCUCUAUCCAUACCCCCUCAUAUCAAACACCAAUACAAUGAAUUAUAUUUCGAAACAGGGUAAAGAGAACAGGUCUAUGGUUUGUCAACAUAAAUGAGAUGCAGAUGGAUCGUGAUACAUGGAUCGUAGACGGAUGAGAAUGAUGACCCAACUAACCAAAUCUUAUUUUAUACAGACAGCUUAGCUCAUCUACCUUGCUUACUCGCAAAUAUAUUGAGUAAACUUUGAAUAUAAUAAAGCACUGCACCUAACAACUUCCGCCCGCUCAAUCUUCACCCACAACUCCCAUCUACCUCUCUUUCUCUCUCCAUCUUCCUGUAUUUGUGAUUUGAAGAUGGCAAGAAAGAAGAUCAGAGAGUAUGAUUCCAAGAGACUUCUUAAGCAACAUCUCAAACGAAUUGCUGGCAUAGAUUUACCCAUUUGCUCUGCUCAAGUAACAGGAUCCACAGACUUCACUCAACUAGUGAAUGACGAGACAUGGCUUUCAUCUUCAAGAUUGGUUGUGAAACCAGAUAUGCUUUUUGGUAAGCGUGGUAAGAGUGGUCUCGUGGCUUUGAAUUUGGAUUUGGCUCAAGUUGCUGAGUUUGUGAAAGAACGAAUUGGGAAAGAGGUUGAGGUUGGGGGUUGCAAGGCACCUGUUACCACAUUUAUCGUUGAACCAUUUAUCCCUCACGAGCAGGAGUUUUAUCUCUCCAUAGUAUCUGAAAGGCUCGGUUGCACUGUAAGCUUCUCUGAGUGUGGUGGUAUUGAAAUUGAAGAGAACUGGGACAAGGUUAAGACCAUCUUUUUGCCAACAGAGAAACCCUUGACUAGUGAGACUUGUGCUCCACUGAUUGCUACACUUCCUUUGGAGACACGAGGAAAAAUUAGCGAUUUCAUCAAGGGUGUCUUUGAAGUUUUCCAAGAUCUGGACUUUAGUUUCCUGGAGAUGAAUCCCUUUACAUUGGUUAAUGGGGAACCUUUACCAUUGGACAUGAGGGGAGAACUUGAUGAUACUGCUGCUUUCAAGAAUUUUAAAAAGUGGGGCGACAUAGAGUUCCCAUUACCUUUUGGCCGAGUCUUAAGCUCUACUGAAGAUUAUAUCCAUUCUUUGGAUGAGAAGACAAGUGCAUCAUUGAAAUUCACCAUUUUGAACCCAAAAGGACGCAUUUGGACUAUGGUUGCUGGAGGUGGUGCAAGUGUUAUAUAUGCUGACACCGUUGGAGACUUAGGUUAUGCAUCAGAACUUGGUAAUUAUGCCGAGUACAGUGGUGCUCCAAAUGAAGAGGAGGUCCUAAACUAUGCUCGAGUAGUAAUUGAUUGUGCCACAGCAAACCCCGAUGGUCGUAAAAGGGCUCUAUUGAUAGGAGGGGGUAUUGCUAACUUUACUGAUGUUGCUGCCACAUUUAACGGAAUCAUUAGAGCCUUGAGAGAAAAGGAAUCCAAACUUAAGGCAGCAAGAAUGAAUCUUUUUGUUAGAAGAGGAGGUCCAAACUAUCAAACAGGUCUUAAAAAAAUGCGUGCACUUGGUGAGGAGCUUGGGGUCCCUAUCGAGGUAUAUGGCCCUGAGGCGACCAUGACCGGCAUUUGCAAGCAAGCAAUUGAUUGCAUUAUGGCUCAGGAAUAAACAAGUGUGCUAUGCUUAAAUGAACCAUAUUAUACAUCUUUUUUCAAAGGGCUAAACCCGAUACAAACUGAGAACGAAUUUGUUCGAGAACAUGAGUUGUUUGUCAAUAGACUUCAUUACUUAUAUGUACUACUUCGGUUGUAAUUAAGUGAUGCUUCUAUAUUGGGAACUAGUUUUAUGAUUUUGUUGAUUGGAGGAAAAGGUCUAGUCUAUGAGCAAGCUUGCUUUUGUUAUUUCAAUCCAACGCUUUCUUUGAUAAAAUUUCUCCAUUUUUAUUAGUUGUACUCCGUUUUUCUUAAAUUUAGGCUUUGGCUCA